CUACUUCCCAUCAUCUUCAUCACACACCCAUACUCUUCCUCGAACUCUCUUCUUCUUUCUCUCUUACUUUGUGUUUGCUCUGUUUUGCUCUCUUAACACAACACAAAAAAUGUCCAUCGUUGUUGGCCAAGCUUACCAACAUCUUCCCAAGCAAGUAAGCCAAAAUCCUGACGUGGGUGGAUGGAGUUUCUUGCAAUAUUUCUCUGAGCCAAAAGGCAUUGUCCAGAACAGAGAAGACGACACAAAGAAAACAGCUUAUGUCUACCCGAUCGAGAAGCGUUCCGUAGCUAAACUGAGCCUUGAGAUGUGCACAGAGAGCCUCGGGACCGAGAAUGGGAGUGAUAGUGGAGACGAGAUGUCGUUACUUGCGCUUGAAGCAACCAAUAUUUCAAAGAGUCCUCGUCUUACUACGAAACCUCAAAAAGAAACUAGCUUCAUGACCCGUGAGAACAGUUUUCCUCCGCCGCUAAACUCCGUCAACGGAUUCAACAAUAGCCGUAUGGUGAAAUCGUAUAAAGAAGACGGUCGUCUUGUUGUUCAAGCAAUUAGGGUUUGUUCUCCACCUCGUUGCUUUGUAUCUGAACGUCGUGAAGGAAGGCUUCGUCUCUGUUUAUCACAGAAUUCAUUGAAUAGCCAAGACGCAGAAGAAGAGUUUGAAGAAGAAGAUGAAGAUGAUCAAUACGAUGCAGAGGAAGAAGAAGAAGAAGAAGAAGAAGAAGAAGAAGAAGAAGAAGAAGAAGAAGAAGAAGAAGAAGAAGAAGAAGAAGAGGACGAGGAGGGCAUUGUGGGGAAUAAUGAGAACUUUGAGGGUAAAAGUGGAAAUAAAAAGGUUAGCAACAGGCCAAAAAGGAGAUGCAAUGAAAAUGGAUGUGAGCCUAAAACUAUGCUUAAUUGGAAGCAGCAGCAAUUUUGGGUGACCACUUAAUGGGAAUUACUCAACUCAGCAAAUAAUUAUUUUUUACGGCUUCUAAUUCUACAUAUAUAAAUGCUAAAAUGUGAGUUAAUUGUUACUUAAACUGUUUAACAACAUAGAGAACUAAUCUUCAUUAUCUGCUUUUACUUUUUAGUAUGUUAUAGGUAACCUUUGAUUAUUAACGAGAGUUUUAGUUAUGUUUUCAUAGACUAACGAGAGUGAAACUAUAGUUUUAAAAAGGGUAAUAAAGUACCAGUAAUAGUG